AUGCUCUGCACGCCUAAAUCACGCCGCACAGAAGCCCGCCCGCUGCUCAAGCUGCUGCUGCGCAUGUGGUGUGCAGGGUGCGGGGCUGGUGGCAGCAAGGCGUGGUGGGGGGCCAUGGCAGGAGUGGGCAUGGCAUGUGCGUGCAUGGGCGGUGCAGCAUGCAUGGGGUGCAUGCGUGCGGCAUGGGGAUGCAUGUGGGGAAGAGGAGUGGCAGAAGGGGCGGGGGGAGGGAAGGCAGGGUACGGAGGAGGCGGGAAGGGCGGCCAGAAGGCAGCGGGGGGAAGGCCCACGUGGGCGGGCCACAUGGGCGGGUGGGGCAGGUAG